AUGCUUGCCAUCAAGCGCAUGGUUCAAGCCUAUGCCAUCUUGGCAUUUUCUCUCGCUUUCGUUAUUGCUAAAGAUGAAUCAUCACCUGAGGACUAUGACCCAUCUGCAGCCUAUGACCCAUCGAACAACUAUCGCCCUCGCAACGUAACUGGCCUAGGUGACUUUUACAGCUGGGUUGGAUCAUACUAUAAUGCAACGGCCGAGGUGGAGCUGGAAUUCGUCUUCGGCUGGCAAUAUGGCGAGCCAUUAUGUCCGGCGUGGCAGAACUACACCCAUACCACCAAGUUCGAUGCGAUUCUCAGCAUUCUUGAAAGAGGACUCUGGAGUGCCGGGAGUAACUCUGUUAUUUUCUGGUUGACGCUCCUCCCACAAAAUACGUCGUCAUUCAAUAUUUCCAGCUUAGACUAUAGACAUAUGGUCAAGGGACCUGACCGUGGUAUAUCGUACCCCAUAUUAUCUAAUUCUUUUCUCGAUCAUGACACCUACCACCCCGAGUCAUUCUUUUUGCGAAAUCCUCCCAGAAACGGAUCAAGUCCUGACCUUUUCGACCUUACUACUACGCAGGUUUCUGGGGGAGCUUACAAUAUCAGUGGGCCGAUUUUGUCCGACCGCUUCAACCCAUCAGUCUUCGCAAAUUUUAGCAACAUGCCAGUCUGCGAUUCCACCAAACAAACCACUGAUGCCCGCCUAUAUAUGAUGUUGGAGCCAUGGUGGGAUGUCGAAGGCUGGGAUGACUUUCAAUAUCCUCAGCCUAGCAUUCAAUUUGACGAUAAGACUGCCAAUCUGACGCUGGACGGUACUUUCCACUCGGUACCAUAUAUCCAUCGCAAUGAGACAUCUCAAGGUCCUACCGUCCAUGGCUUUUUGCGUGUCCGCUUCUCUGGCGUCUUGGAUGAAUAUCAUUCUGACACUCUGAGCCUGAAUGGUAGUACGCCUACGUGGUUGCGUACAGUGGGAUUCUCGAAUGACUCUUCCAAUAUUGGAUACUCAGAGAGUUCGGCAGAGAAGUUGAAUUUGGGACUUGCAUCUGCCUUUGCAGCAACGAUCGUGUCGCUCUCUGCAAUACUACUAUAG